CUUGUCAAUCUCCGAAGUAAUUUGUGAAGGAAGGCCUACCGACCUUCUGUAGGUCUACUUUCAAACUUAGUAAUAGGUGACCAGCCUCCUCCAAUCUGAACAAUCAUGGUCUUUCCUGUAACCCCAAGUUAAUGAACACUCAGUUUGGAAAUCAAUAUGGCAACAUAUCUGGAUCCUGAUGAGGUGACAAUGAGAGUAGAUUGCCGUGACCUUGAAUGUGCCAUAUGUUUGGAACGUCUACAACGACCCCGCACCUUGCCUUGUCUGCAUACAUUUUGUGAGAACUGCUUGAGUCACUACAUUACCCAGAACACGUCGUCCACUACAAGUUUUAUCUGUCCAGUAUGUAGGAAAGAAAUUGCUUCAAUUAAUCCAGCUAAAGACCGAGAACUGUGGGCCAAAGACUUCCCUCUCAACAGUCUGUUGGACGGAUUGGGUCAACAGAGCAGGGUCAAAGUGCCGGGUCAAGCAGUCGGGGAAAGGUCAUCAUUUUGUGAUCCUUGUAAAAAGAAAGGAAAGAAGGUAGAAGCAGGUUAUUGGUGUGACACGAUAAGGAGUGCGUUUUGUGAGGAGUGUAAGGUAAAUUACCAUGACUUAUUACAUGAAGAUUGCCAGAUAACUGAUACAGAUCAGCAGAAAGGAACAUCAUUUGAAACCUGUAAGAGACACAAUCUAUUCCGGGAUUUUUUCUGCGAGGACCACAAGUCUCUGUACUGCGCCAAAUGUGUGGCACUCACACACAGACAUUGUAUAUCAGUGCAACCUGCCCAGGACUACUGUCGCUCUCUCAGGACAGGUCACAGCCUCACAAACAUGAAGAGUUUCCUUAAAAAGGCCCAUAGGGUUAUGAACACAAUCGUCAAUGGUUCAAAUCAACAGAUGCAGGAGCUAAAUCUGAAGAAAAGAACUGCCCUUGACAACAUCCUUGGUCUGCGGCGUGACAUUGAUGCUUACUUGAACAACUGUCAGACGAUGAUGGAGCACAAGAUUGUGCAGGUACACCGGGAUGAACAUUGUAAACUAAAGGAGUGCUUAGAGUCAUACACCGCUGUCCUGAACAAUGUCAUUGACCUCAUCAAUGCUUUUGAUUCCGAACAAAUAAUGGAGAAUGAUAUAGAUACAAUAUCAAUAUACCAGCAGAGUAGGAUCGCUGUAGAGCACUGCCGGCAGAUUGUUGGUAGGGCCAGUAAGGAGUGGUGCGUCAAAGCUUUAGAACUCAAGGUAAACUUUGACUGCAGCAGAUUGGAAAAUCAUUUUUCUCUUGGAAUGGUCACGGCAGCCGCUUUAACAAGAACAUUGCCUGUUAAUGAUGAUUUAGAGUUGUCCCUUUCACAUCUAAGUGUUGCAAGUGAGUCAAAUUUCAAAAUUCAACUUGAUGGAGAAAUUGAAUGCUGUGCCACUGGUGUCCUGUACCUUGCUGAUGGUCGAAUUAUUGUAACUGACCACAACAACAAGAACCUUAAAAUGUUCGCUGAAGAUGGAACUUACGUGCAUCACAUUGACUUCCCUCAUGCUCCAUGGGGAAUUAAUCACCACAGUGAAAGUCAAGUCGCUAUUUCCAUGAGUGGUGGAAGGUCCAUUGCUGUGGUGAAAGUUGGACCUAACAUGUUGGAACUGCUGUAUGAGGUAGAUAAUCAAAUAGGAAGUAUUUACGGCAUUUCCUACGUUGAGGGUACUUUUUACCUGACUUCAGAUGUAGUGAUCAUACGUCAUCAACCACUGAAACAAGGCUCCAGGCAAAGAAAGGCUAUCGAAUGUAAAUAUUCCAUGUAUUCUCUCAACCAAGAAGCUGCAGUGAACUCCCUGUUGCUGCUUAAAACCUCUUCUCUUUACAUGAUAAUCGACCACAAGCGGAAAGACAUUAUCCUCAGUUGCACUACCAAGGAUAGUCACAGUAUGGCUGUAGGUCGAUUCUCACCUCAAACACAAGUAAAGAGCAUAGCUACAGCAAACAUCUUGAAAGGAACACAUGGUGUUGAUAUUGAUAAGGAUGGAAUGUUUACGCCUGUGGUAAUGCUUCCCAUAACAUUGUCCAGAUGUCAGCGACAGGGGAGAGACCUAGAGAACUCCUCACAGCGGUAGACGGUGUGAGAUAUCCACUAGACAUUUCAGUGCUUGAUUACAAGUUUGCUGUGACUUUUGAUUCCUGGGACAGGAGGAAUCAUGUCUACAUCUAUCACAUGGACAUUUGAUUCCUGGGACAGACAUAAUCGUGUCUACAUCGGAUCACAUGGACAUUUGAUUCCUGGUACAGGAGGAAUCGUGUCUACAUCAGAUCACAUGGACAUUUGAUUCCUGGUACAGACGGAAACGUGUCUACAUCUAUCACAUGGACAUUUGAGUCCUGGUACAGGAGGAAUCGUGUCUACAUCAGAUCACAUGGACAUUUGAUUCCUGGGACAGACAGAAUCGUGUCUACAUCUAUCACAUGGACAUUUGAUUUCUGGUACAGACGGAAUCGUGUCUACAUCAGAUCACAUGGACAUUUGAUUCCUGUUACAGGAGGAAUCGUGUCUACAUCAGAUCACAUGGACAUUUGAUUCCUGGGACAGACGGAAUCGUGUCUACAUCAGAUCACAUGGACAUUUGAUUCCUGGGACAGACAGAAUCGUGUCUACAUCAUAUCACAUGGACAUUUGAUUCCUGGGACAGACAUAAUCGUGUCUACAUCAGAUCACAUGGACAUUUGAUUUCUGGGACAGACAGAAUCGUGUCUACAUCAGAUCACAUGGACAUUUGAUUCCUGGUACAGACGGAAACGUGUCUACAUCUAUCACAUGGACAUUUGAUUCCUGGGACAGACAGAAUCAUUUCUACAUCAGAUCACAUGGACAUUUGAUUCCUGGUACAGACGGAAUCGUGUCUACAUCAGAUCACAUGGACAUUUGAUUUCUGGGACAGACAGAAUCGUGUCUACAUCAGAUCACAUGGACAUUUGAUUUCUGGGACAGACAUAAUCGUGUCUACAUCGGAUCACAUGGACAUUUGAUUCCUGGUACAGGAGGAAUCGUGUCUACAUCAGAUCACAUGGACAUUUGAUUUCUGGGACAGACGGAAUCGUGUCUACAUCAGAUCACAUGGACAUUUGAUUCCUGGUACAGACAUAAUCGUGUCUACAUCAGAUCACAUGGACAUUUGAUUCCUGGGACAGACAUAAUCGUGUCUACAUCAGAUCAUAUGGACAUUUGAUUCCUGGUACAGGAGGAAUCGUGUCUACAUCAUAUCACAUGGACAUUUGAUUCCUGGGACAGACGGAAUCGUGUCUACAUCAUAUCACAUGGACAUUUGAUUCCUGGGACAGACAUAAUCGUGUCUACAUCAGAUCACAUGGACAUUUGAUUCCUGGGACAGACAGAAUCAUUUCUACACAACAUAUGGACUUUUGAUAUUUUAUGAAGAAGACCGAAAUUGCCCAAAUACACCCGAGUUUAUCACUCUGCCUUAUUCUAGACAUACAAUUCUUUUACUUAUUCAUCAGGCAAUGACCAUAUGGCUGGUAUUAUUAGAAAUACAUGUGUACCAACAAAUGUGAUUUCACCGCCUUAUAAUAAGUCCCGUCCCCAGAGUUAACCCUCAGGACUCAUCACAAGAUAAAAUAUGUACAAUUAUGAAGAUACUUAUAUCCCAUACUGAAAAUAAGGCCCCUUCUUCAUGUUUCAGAGCCAUUUAUUUUAUGAUCCUAAGAUAAAGGUGGUUCACAAUUAAUAAGCCCUGCAAAAAUUGUACACUAACUUUUAUACUUGGGAAGGGGGUUUAUUUCAGAAUAAAUAUGGUAUAGAGGAUGUGUUGCAAAACACUUAAAAUCCUUUUAAUUGGUUACAUUAGCUUCAUCCUAAAAAGAAAAUGCAUAAAAAAUCCUCAUUUCAGAUUUAUUAUAACAGACUACAAUCCUUGAUCCACAUGUAACAGAGCGCAGGAAUUAUAUGAAUUUAAAUUACUGCCUCCGCUAGGAUUCGAACCCGGGACCUCUGGCUUACUAGUCUUACGCUCAACCGAUCGAGCUAAAGAGAAGAUCUCUCUAGCCGAGCGGUAUAUUGCGGCUAGUAUUUACCAAUGUUACACACAUAUUGACUACAAUCCUUGAUUCACAUAUUGACUACAAUCCUUGAUUCACAUAUUGACUUAAAUCCUUGAUUCACAUAUUGACUUAAAUCCUUGAUUCACAUAUUGACUACAAUCCUUGAUUCACAUUUUGACUACAAUCCUUGAUUCACAUAUUGACUUUAAUCCUUGAUCCACAUAUUGACUUAAAUCCUUGAUCCACAUAUUGACUACAAUCCUUGAUCCACAUAUUGACUACAAUCCUUGAUUCACAUAUUGACUACAAUCCUUGAUUCACAUAUUGACUACAAUCCUUGAUUCACAUUUUGACUACAAUCCUUGAUUCACAUAUUGACUACAAUCCUUGAUUCACAUAUUGACUACAAUCCUUGAUCCACAUAUUGACUACAAUCCUUGAUUCACAUAUUGACUACAAUCCUUGAUCCGUGUCAUAUUGACUACAAUCCUUGAUUCACAUAUUGACUUAAAUCCUUGAUCCGUGUCAUAUUGACUACAAUCCUUGAUCAACAUUUUGACUAAAAUCCUUGAUUCACUAUUAUUCAUUUUAAUCUUUUGUUCCAUUCAAUAAUAUUAGUCCCUGAUUGAUGAAUUGAUUUUAAUUUUUGAUUCAUACUUCGUGAGUAAAGCGACCUGUUUACAAACCUUAAAACUCCGCCUAUUGCUAGGUUUUGUCUUGCUCUACUGACCAUUCAGUGUUCUGUCAACAUUACCGUUAUAACCAAUCCAUCCACAGAUUCACUGGUCCUCGAUCAUUAUAUCUUUAGUCCCUGGUAUUUCUCAAAUGAUGCUGAGGAAACAAAAUCAUUUUGUUGAAAAAUUAUCCUUUUUUACUCCACUUACAAUUGUCAUUAGAUAGUAAGUUGUUCAAAUUGCCUCUUGUCGGGUAUUCAUCAAUGCAUGAAUCUUUCCCACAUUUCAUGUGUCGGUUCCUCUUGGUCUCAGUAGUGUUGGUUAAGUAUGUUGAUUGAGCAAACCAACAAAAUCACGAACAGUAUGUUUAUCAUUUAUUUUUGUCCAAAUUUCAUUUUCAAGUUCUCCUUUGGUUUUAAGUGUGCAUGUUCAGUUUUGAAACUGAUAAGAACAGCAGGUGACCAUCUUGGAUUUCGAAAGUUGAAAAAUUGUAAUAGAAUUUUACGAAUCAUUAUUAAAUGUCACAUGUAGGUU